GUCACAGGGACAGUGGGUUGUACUUGCAAAGUGCUUAUUAGGAAACACAGAAAUCAAAGCUUUGUCUCCCUCUCCAGGUUUCAGGUUUCAUCCCUCCUUCUUAGUUCAGGAAAGAUUUUUCCUCUCAGUUCAGAGAUGCCUGCUAUAGAGGCUGAAGAGACUCCCAUGAACAUGCUAAAGACAGAAACAUCUACCCCAGACCACCUACGAGAGGGAGACAUAGGUAAAAAACAGCAAGGAAAAUGUCUCAAAAAGAGCUCCACCCAGCCUCGUGCUAAGCUUUACUGCUGCUAUGCAGUGAUCAUGGUCCUCAGUGUAGCUGUAAUUGCACUUUCGUUUGCUUUGUCAGUGAAAAAGGAAAAUGCAGUCACUUCGGCUCCUCCACCAUGCUUUGCCACUUGCCCAAAUGACUGGAUUGGACUUGGAAGCAAAUGUUUAUAUUUUUCUGACGUUAAGAGAAAUUGGACACUAAGCCAGAACUACUGCAUGGCACAGGAGGCCCAGCUAGCUCAAUUUGACACUCUGGAGGAGUUGAAUUUCUUGAAGACAUAUGCAUGGAAAUUUCAGUACUGGAUUGGCUUGCACAGAGAAUCAUUACAACACCCUUGGAAGUGGGUAAACAGCACCGAAUAUAAUAACUUGAGUGAGCCACAGCAGCUGUGUGCGAAUCAGCAACAGCUGGUGUCCUUAAGUGUUCAGUCCUGUACAGUCCCCAAUAAUCAUGGCCCUCAGCCCUCAAAGGUUCAGUUCCUAGGGCUCUACAACCUUCCUCAAUCUUUAUCAUAA